ACAACCGCUGGCGGAAUGGCGAUAGUUGUGACUGCUAAAGCAGGUUUCACCUUUAGAAUAAUGAUUUUGUCAUUGUUUUUCAUGUGUCUUCCGUGUCUACCGUUUUAUUCUUCAGCCAAGAUAAAUGACAGACCCAUUAUUGGUGUCCUGGCUCAAGAAGUUUAUUCUCAAAAACCAAAUCAAACUGCUUACAUUGCUGCCUCUUAUGUUAAGUUCCUGGAGUCCGCAGGAGCAAGGGUUGUACCUGUCAUGAUUAACCAGCCAAUGGAGGAGUAUAAGAAGCUGUUUAACUCCAUUAAUGGGAUCCUUUACCCAGGCGGAGGUGUCAGCAUUAUUUCAUCCGGUUAUGAAAGAGCUGCAAAAAUCUUUUAUGAACUUGCUAUUGAGGCAAACAGCCAAGGCGACUACUUUCCCGUGUGGGGCACCUGUCUUGGAUUUGAGCAACUGAUGUAUUUGACAAGUGAAAAAACAAUACUGUCGCAAACAAAUACAAGCGGUGUGGCAUUGCCUCUGAACUUCACUAAUGAAAUCAAAGACAGUAGGAUGUUUAAAGACUUCCCAGCUGAACUCAUUGAAGAUCUGGCCACUGAGGCUCUGACAGAAAACUCUCACAAGUGGAGUUUGGCAGUGUUGACUCAUAACUCAAAUGAGGAGCUGAAAAUGUUUUACAAAGUUCUCUCCACAAAUACGGAUGGAAAAGUGGAGUUUGUAUCAACUGUAGAAGCAUAUGAUUACCCAAUUUAUGGGACACAGUGGCAUCCAGAGAAAAAUGCAUUUGAAUGGACAAGGCCUUAUAUUCCACACUCUCCAUCAGCAAUCAAGACUACCUUCUACCUGGCACAAUUCUUUAUCAGUGAAGCCAGGAAGAACUUUCACAAAUUUGAAUCUGAGGACGAAGAGAGCAACGCGUUGAUAUACAACUACAAUCCUGUUUUCACUGGGCCCAAAAGUGGCUUCGAGCAAAUCUAUUUUUUCUGAUUUUUUACUCUCGAUAUAUAACAUUGCAAUAUAUUUAUGCUAAUGGCGGGUAGGAUCAUGCUUUGUGGAUGCUGUAGCUGGUUUUACAGAUGAGUAAUUAAAUGACAGACAUUACAAAAAGGGGCCUUUUAUAUAAUCUUUUAAUAACUUUAUGACGUUUACUUUCAAUUUUUUGGUAAGAUGUACUAUUAUCUCCAAAUUAUGUUGUAAUUUACUCCUUUUACGCUACAGUACCAGUCUGACAGAAAGACAGCUACCUACCUAAUAGCAAUAAUUAAACUGAGCUGAAAAGAGAGUAAAUGCUGGACUCACAUUUGACGGAUCACUGGAAACAUGCCUUCAAAUUAAUGUUGAUUUUGCUGUCUGUCUGCUACACCUGUAAAUAGGAAAUUGUUGGAAACAUUUUAAUAACUUUAUACAUUGAUACUGUAUAUGUAAAUGUUGUGUUCUUUGUUCGUUCAAAAAAAUCACCACAGCUUUAAAAUUCACAAUAAAACAGAUGAGCCAAAAACAUUUAAGGCUGAUAAAAUAUCUAUUUUUUUAUUCUAACAUUUACCUUCAUGCCACAAUCUCCUAUGCUUUGGAUAACAAAGUUGAGCUUCUAGAAAAUGUCCUCAACAACUGGCGAGAAAGGUCCCAGCAACAGGAGAACAGAAAUGAAUAGUCAAAUGUAACUUCCAAAAUGCUUUAUGCACAAUAACACUCAGGUAAUAUUGUUUCUUAUCUCUUUUUAGAAUAAAAUUAUAUUUGAAUAACAUUUACACAUCAAGCUGACGAGACUGGGAUCUCAACCACUGGAAAUGUAAUUUAUGAAAUCCAGUGAGGAACCUUCAAGAUAUCAAAAUUACCAUCUGGAACAGAGCUAUCAUGGAUAGGGCUGCAAAUAAAAUCUUUACAUGCACUGGAACGUAACACAAAUGGAAUUCAAAUUAAAAAAAAAUAUAUAUAUAUUGUACUUCAGAAUGUAUCAGUUCGUGAGCCCUGUUUUCUGCAUUAGACCAUUUUACCCCAAUAUAUAAUUAUAACAUUGCUCAGGCUUGCCUUCAACCUUGAAAUAUGUAUCCACUCAUGUAAACCAAGGGUAAAUGAGAAAGCACUUUCAAUAAAAACACAGCUGUUUCUGUA